UUGACAUCGUCAAGAUGCUCUACGACGACGACACGCUUGCACCCACGGCCUGCCACGUUCUUCUGGCACAACUUGCGCCCGAUGACACGAGCGACGCAGCGGCCAGAGCGAGGGACGUGCUUUUCGGCCGCUUGGCUUUGAUCAUGACGAAGGCGCCAACGCUCGACCUCGCGCUUUUGUGCGCCUACUAUGGCGUUGAAGUGCGCCGGAGCCUCGAGGACUACUUGGAGUUGCAAGCAGACGAGUCAAAGAAGUCGAGCGCUCCUAAAGGUGCGACGUGCCCGACAUUUGCCGUUCUCGAUCUUACGUCCAACCCGCUGUGUCUGAGCGAGACCUCGAUCCAAGCCGUUUUUGCAAGCUCCGACCCAGAGAAGCUCAUUGUGCUCGCGUACUGGAUGCGUCUGCGCGCCCUGUCGGAGACCCCGGUGGCCAUGUCCGACGUCGCUCGGACAUGGCUCAAUGAUGGCGCGCCAGCUGCGAUACGCAUGGCAUAUCUGGUCGCCAUUGCUCAGGGUGGUACGGCGCUCAAAGAAGUCGAGGAUCUCUUGAUCGCGCAGAAGGACAGCACCAACGUCGACGUCGUUGCAUCGACUCUGGUUGGCCUUCAAUUUCUCUGCUCGGUCACGCCGUCGCCGCAGCUUGUCGCAUCUAAAGCCGAAGCCGCCGUGCACUGUAUCAGGCGGUUGACGGCGCCAACGGUGGUCGAGGCUGCCGUCGCGUCCUUGCUGGAUGCGUGGUGCAACGUUGAAAGCUUCGACCCGCCGCUUCACUUUGUGUGGGAGGUGUUGACGCUCUUGGACGAGCCGCGCGCGUUUGUUUGCGUAUCCGUCGGUCUCCAAGUGCCUUCUCUCUUGCGGCGACUCGGUUCUCGUCUCGUGGAGGCAUUCGGGCCAAACUUAUCGGACAAAUUUCUCGUCUCGCUUCUUGGCAACAACACACGUACAAUCGACACCAUGGUGAGUCUGGCGGCCCAUUGUCACUUGGCGCGUGACACCGAUCGCGCCGUCUUCUUUGCCAUCUUCGGUCACUUGAUGCGCGUCGGAAUGUGUGCCGUAAAAGUCGUCGCCGACCCGCUCCGGAAAAUGCUCGCCGCACAGCACACCUCGUGGUUGGAGCUCUGUCGCGCGUUUCCCGACGAUGUCGCAAAAGCGUUGCCCGCGACAGCGUCUCUCGCGACCCAAGUCAACGGCUUUGUGGCUACGGUCUUCAGCGACUUGACGUCGCUGUACCUCCUCGAGCUUGCACCGUUUUUCAUCAUGUCGCCCGACUUUACCGACGUCGGACCAAUUGCCACGGCCAUCAAAGACAAUGCGACUGAUACGACGACCAUCGCUCGACUCCUCUGCCGCCUCAGUGCGCUAGCGACUUUGAGGGCGACUGUCCACUCGGGGAGCCUCGAGUAUGUGACAAGUGUCGUCGAAGAAAUACGGCGGGAUGAAGCGCGUGCGACGGGCAACCAUGUACAACCCGUCAUCGCUCCUGUUUCUGUGCUUUGGGAAGUGCUGGUGCUGUACGGCGACAUGCAACGUCAAGGCACCAUCAACGUCGCAGAUUUUGACCUCAAGGACUCGGCGUUUCUCGCCGCGAUGGCCAUGACGAUCAAACAUGAGAGCUCGCGUCGCUGGGGUCAUGUUCGCCUGCACCGAUGCGUCGCGCUCUUGAUCCGCGACUGCUACAAGGCUGACGUGCCGCGUGAGCUCGUGCAGAUCAUCAAGGACAUUAUUCUCGCGGUGUUCCAAGACGAUAGCAGCAUCCACAUCCGCGACGCCGUCUACAACGUGUGGUUCUCCCACGGCGCGAACGACGCGGUGUGGCCAAAUGAGACAGUCGCACUCGCGCAACUCGCCAAGGUGCUCAAGGAAAUGGACCCGAUUGCGCGCCGCUUUGCCAAAUACGUUUCGCGGCAGCAGGCGUUACCGUCGGUGGGACGACGUGGACGUGCCUCGAUCUUGUCGCGGUGCUUUUUGAUGGCGAUGUGUCGGCUCUCGACGGCGUCCCAACCGACGUCGUUUUGGGUCACGCGAGCACUCUUCUUCGGCACGACGACGGUCUUGUGCGCGAGAUUGGGCUCCGGCAUCUGCUUCGGCGUUUGA